GAACAAUGACCCUUGGAUUGAUGCGGGAUCGAUGGAUACGGAGCGCUGAGCUUCCUGCUGCCCAUUAAUUCUAGAUUCCAUAUGACAGAUCAUGGUUUCUCUGCUAUAUACAAGGACGACAGCACAGGCUUCAUAAGACUCGCGUAAGCUGUAGAUAAUGGUUGAUUCAGGUCAUCAACAAUGGAUUACCCCCUCAUGUCAUGUUCUUGGAUUCUUCUUUUAACAACCCACUGCUGGAUAGAAGGCCACAAUCAAUUACUCAGACUCUGGUCUCAUCGAUGGGGUUUCCUUAUCUCGCUCGAUUUGGGACAACUGGUCCCAGGCGAAUUCGUGACUCAUUUGAUAUCGAAGAUAAGAUCCCUGUACACAACCUUAAUUGACCGUAGUAAGACGCAUGUGCUCACUAAAUGACGACAUACUGCAGUGCCUAAGCCUCCACCACCACGAACCCAGGAAACAAGACAUCCUCAACCGAUAAUCCAAGGGUACUAAGAAAUCCCACACUCACGCGAUAACCGCCCACCAAAACCGGGAAACCGGUCAAACAAUACCCCUCCAUGCUGACAGCAAGGAUACCUUGCCGUAAUUGUAUAUUCAUAGCAUUAUAAAGACCUUGCUGCUUAUAAGAUGCACAGUGGCGUUUCUUCGCAUUGAACACGAGCAAUAGUUGUCAAUACAUCUACUGAUGAUUAAUAGAUCCCUGUCACACUUUUCCGUUUAGAUGGUAAACAUCGAUACUACUCAUUCCAGUCACAUCAAUCGCCUAAUACAGGUUCAGUAUGUGAGAAUCAUUUCAAUGAACCUUCGUAGCGUUGCCAUUGAGUCGAGAAUUUCUUUGGAGCUAAAAUGACAAUAUUACAGCCAUUGUCGCAGCAACAAACGGUUCUAAUGCUGUAGGUCGCAGAACGGGGAUCCUCGAUUAAUAGUCAUGAAUGGCAUCAUUGGCUGUUAUGCAGGCAAGAACGAGAAUGCAAGGUCCCAUGAUUAACGGUAUGACGAACAGGUGCUCUUUCGAACCGUGUAACAAGGGCCUAGAGUGCUUCCCAGAAGGGCAGCAGCC